AUGAACUACCGUAACCUUCUACUACUAACCCUUCUCACCGUAGUAGCAGCCAAAACUGUCAAGAAUGGCAAUACCUACAAAGUGAAAAAAGAAAAAUCAGAGCCAAGGCUAUGGCUAGGCCAAUACCUUCGUAUCAUGACGUUCAAUACCUGGAAUAUGGGGGUCUAUAUUAAUGAUGGUCUAGAGAAGAUAGCCAAACAUAUUGCACUGAAUGACCCGGAUGUGGUUGGUUUGCAAGUAAGAAGUUUUGAUCAAAAAUGGCAUUUUCAUACCUAAAAAAUGUUUAAAAUUUUUCAAAAUUUGUUGAAAAACGUUCUUUAGACGAUUUUGAAACGUUUGAAAAAUUGGAAGAUUAGUGGAAAAUUUGUAAUGUAAUUUCCACUGAAAAUCUUCCACCGAACUUCCACAUCUAAAAUGUCUUAAAAAUGCGUUUUUAAGCCAUUUUAAGCAUUUUUAGAAGUGGAAGUCAAGUGGAAGAUUUUCAGUGCAAUAUACAUUGAAAAUCUUCCACCAAACUUCCACUUCCAAAAAGUGUUAAAAACUCAUUUUUAAGCGUUUUUAAGACAUUUGGAAAAUAGAAGUUGAGUGGAAGAUUUUCAGUGCAAAAUACAUUACAAAUCUCCCACUCAAAUUCCACUUUUUCAAACUUUGUAAUUAGAUACUUUUUGACCAUUCUUAUAAAAUAAAAUGAUUUUAUUAAUCAAGUUAGUGUAAAAUACGUCAUCUUAUGUUUUGUUACAUUGCAGGAAGUCAGAAGUCGAGAACAAAUUGAAUCCGUAACCAAGUUUUUGAAUCGAGAUCGCCGCUACAAAUGGUCUUACAUCUUUGAUGACGGACAUGAUUGUGGUGUUAUUACUAAAUACUCGGUAUGUUUAUAUAUGUGUAGGAAGCUAAAGUUAAUGCUAAAACAGGGACUGGGGCUGGGCUGGGCUGGCUGGACUGGGCUGGGCUAGGCUGGAUUGGGCUGGGCUGGACAGAGUUUUUCUGGGCUGGUUUGGUUUGCUCUAUACUGAACUGAACUAAGCUGGGCUGUGAUCUGGGGAAUUGAGUUAGGAUCUGCUUGUCUGGGCUUGGCUGGGCUUGGCUUGGUUUGGCUUAGCUUAGCUUAGCUUAGCUUAGCUUAGCUUAGCUUAGCUUAGCUUAUCUUAGCUUAGCUUGGCUUUGCUUGGCUUGGCUUGGCUUGGCUUGGCUUGGCUUGGCUGGGCUUGGCUUGGCUUGGCUGGGCUGGGCUGGGCUGGGCUGGGCUGGGCUGGGCUUGGCUAGGCUUGGUUUGGCUUGGCCGGGCUGGGCUGGGCUUGUUGGGCUGGGUUGAGCUUGGCUUGGCUGGAUUUGACUUAGCUAGUAAAUUUAUAACAAGAACUUUCUUUCCAGUUCAACGAGACUUCGCUAACCACCCUAUAUGCUGGCAUUGGAGUUCAAGUGAACAUUGACAAUAAAAGGAAAGUGUUCAUCUGGUCGUUACACAUGGACUACAUUGAUUACGGACCAUAUGCUAUGAUGUACCGUCAGACCAAGGACAUUAGUACUGUCGAGUACGGCGAGUGUCAUGCUUGGUGGAGUACGUAAAUUGAAAAAUAUUUGUAAAAUACUGGCUGGGCUGGACUGGGCUGUCCUACUUUUUUAGUUGUUCAAAUAAUGCUGAGCCCCUAAUCCAACAAAUUUUCUUCGUGAAGUAGCUCAGACUUUUUUGAACAACCGAAAAUAAUAGCUGACUUGAGCUGUUGGCUUGUUCAAAAAAUCUGAGCCACCAACCCUACUAAUCUGCUUUAACAAGUAGCUCAGAAUUAUUUGAACAACUAAAUAUUACUAUCUACUACUUAAAAAACAAAACAACUUUCUUUCCAGACCGCUGCAACAACGCCAAAGAGCUGAUCAACAGUGAGCCAUUCAAAUCAGCCUUGGCUAGAUCUGAUACUGAACCAGUAUUUGUGGUCGGCGACUUCAACGCUCCUUCUCAUCUCGACUACACUGAGGAGGCUAAGUAAGAUUUUUUUUAAAUUUUGAAAAAAUGAUUACGAAAUCCCUUUUUUAUCGUUUUAAAGUAAAAAAAGAACAUUUUUCUUGUUUUCCAUUGAUAAACAGCCAAAUUUGCAAGAUUUUUAAAAUUGGAAGUUGAGUGGAAGAUUUGUAACGUAAUUUGCACUGAAAAUCUUCCACCCAACCUUCAUUUUUAAAAUGGCUUAAAAUGGCCUAAGAACACGUUUUUGAGCAUUUUUGGAAGUGGAAUGUCGAAUAUUCCGAUUAAAAUAUUCGGAUAAAACAAUAUAAAGAGCAACUGAAAUAGAUAAGAAACUGAUCGAGAUUAAGGCUUUGAGAGAAGGAGCCCCGGUAGCUUAAUAGGUAGAGCAUUCGUCCGGUAAACGAAGGAUGCAGGGUUCGACUCCUGCCUGGGCCACUUUUUCCCUCAUAGUCUGAUAUCUCUUUAAAAUUCUACAGGAAGUUGAGUGGAAGAUUUGCAAUGUAUUUUGCACUGAAAAUCUUUCACUUUACUUCCACUUCCAAAAAGUGUUAAAAAGUCAUUUUUAAGUCAUUAUAAGACAUUUUGAAAAUGGAAGUUAAGUGGAAGAUUUUCAGUGCAAAAUACAUUACAAAUAUUCCACUGAACUUCCAUUUUUUAUUUAUUGUCAUUAAGCCUUUUUUAUGACCAGACACAAUAAAAAAAUCAACUUUUUAAUUAAAAAAUCUUGGUCAAAAACCUUUAAAAGUGCAAACACACCCUACUCAUUAAUCUUCAGACACAUUCACAACGGCUGGGUAUACGCCUGGCCUGGCACUUCAAUUCUUCAAAAUACGACCGGUCUUAUUGACUCAUUCCGCGAACUCUACCCGGAUCCAGUGAAAUACCCUGGCACUUCAUGGUCUACAGUCAACCAGUUCAUUGGUGGAUGGAACUACACUAUUCCUGAGCCUCAGGACCGUAUCGACUAUAUCAUGUACAAGUCUGGUGGACUGAAGACAGUCCGAAGUGAACGGUACGCUGGGGACUAUAAGCCGUACCCGAAUUCUGUUGAUGAUAAUGAUUGGCCUUCGGAUCACUUUGCUUAUAUUUCUGAUUUUAAGGGAUUCUAG